AUGGACAGUUCAGGAAUAAUACCAGCAGUAGUAAUUGCUGAUACUGCUACUACUACUACUGCUAGUACUACUACUAAUGAUGAUACUACUAAUAAUGAUACAACUACUACGGAAGAAACUGCAGUUGCUCUCGCUGCUAGCACUACUGGUAAUAAUUCUGCGGAAGAACCAUUAGCAAAAUUUACCAAAUGUAGUGCCCGACGAUGUUUAUUUGGCCGUCCUGAUCCUAAGAAUAUUGACGGAUGGUUGAAAGAAGAACUGGGGAAAAUUCAACGUGAACAGCAGCUCAAAUGGGGUUUUUCGUUUAAAACAGAGAGUAUAAUCGAAAGGAGUAUGAAGUCAAACUGGGUUCUGAUUCCUGUUCCAGCAGAUUCGGUUCCCGAAUUUUAUCGAUCAUCAUAUUAUCAUUCAUCUAGUCCAUGUACUGCAUGUGAACUUGAAAAUUGCAUUCCAUGCUGUAGUAACAGUAUCAGAGAUGAGUGUAAUGGAGAAAAUACAACUUCUGCUUUGAUAGUAUCAUCCCAACAUUGUUCUGAUACUGAACUACCGGUCUUGCCAAUUGUCAAUAAUGCGAGUGUGCCAAAAUGCAAGCAACAUGUAACUAAGAAGCAGACUAAAUUAACCGGUUGGUUUUUGAAACUUUUAGUGAUUGCAAAAAAUUAUUACGAAUAA